AUGGGGGCCCCGAAAGGCCAAAAGGGCACAGCGGGGCCCCGAAGGCCAAACAAGGGCCAAGGGGGCCCCAGCGGAGGCCCCAAAAAGGCCCAGGGCCACAUAAGGGCCCAAAAGGGCACAGGGGCCCAUGAUAGGCCCAAAAAGGUCACAGCGGGGCCCCAAAAAGGCCCAAAAAGGGCCAAAGGGGGCCCCAUAAGAGCCCCAAAAAGGGCAAGCGGGGCCCCCAUAAGGCCCCAAAAAGGGCCAAAAGGGCGCCCAAAAGGGGCCCAAAAAGGUGGCACAUCGGGCCCAAAGGCCCAAAAAGGCACAGGGGCCCCGAAGGCCCAGAAAAAAAGCGGAAGAAACAGGAAAAAAGAAGGAAAAGAGCCAAAAAAGGUCGGGGGCGGCGGGAGGCCGUGCCGGAGGGGGCCGGCAAAAAGUGGGGGGCAAAAAGCCACCGACGCCCAGAAAGCAGGGGCAGCGGGCCGGGGGGGCAACGGGGAAGACCUCAAAGGGGAGGCGGCAAAAAGCCGGGGGGCCCGGACGGCAAAGAGGCCGGCCGGACCGUUCUUUGUAUGUGGACGGUGCGUUAUAUAUGUCAUUCCUCGAAAGUGA